GGGCGCGCCAAGAAUGGUGGGGUUUCUGGAUCUGUCAUUCAAUUUCUGGAACGCAUGUGGGGUGAUUGGGUUUUCUCCAUCGACAACAUUUGCAAAACAACAAGAUUAACAAGGCUGCGAAGAAGAAUAUACAUCCUGAUCAAACAUCAUGGCCGACCAACCUACCAUCCGCCUAGCCACUCCGGAGGACGUCCCCCUCAUCCUCCAAUUCAUCCGCGAACUCGCCGACUACGAAAAAGCCCUCCACGAAGUCGAAGCAACCGAAGAGUCCCUCCUCGCCACGCUCUCCUUCCCCACGCAGGCCCCCAAGCGGGGCUCCGUCUACACGGCACUCAUCACCCCCCCCGCAACCCCGACCGACCCAACCCCCAUCCCCGUCGGCAUGGCGCUGUACUUCUACAACUACUCGACGUGGCGCUCGGCGCCUGGCAUCUACCUGGAGGAUCUGUACGUGCAGCCCAAGGCGCGCGGGCACGGGUACGGCACGCUGCUGCUGCGGUGGUUGGCGGGGCAGGUGAUUGAGGCCAAGGGGAAGAGGCUGGAGUGGAGCGUGUUGACGUGGAAUGAGCCGAGUAUUGGGUUUUAUAAGCAGAUGGGGGCAAAGCCUAUGGAUGAGUGGUUGAAGAUGAUGGUUGAGGGGGAGGAGGCGUUGGGGCAGUUGGCGAGGGGUUGAUUUAUAUUAUGGAUUACAUACAUAAUAUGGUGUGACUAUAGCAUGAUUGUAACAUGACUGUAGCAUGGCCAUAUCUAUAGCU